GCACGUCAAAUCACGUCAUUAUUAUUCAGAAAUCGAAUUAAAAAAAGUAAAGUGAAGUGAUAAUUGUUACGUGCAAACGUAGAUAAUUUUCAAGAUAUUAUAUUAUUUUCCAUAAAGUAAACUCGAAAAUAUAAUAUAAUUACGUAUACUUUGAAUGUAUUAUUCUGCAUAGAUAUAAUUUGACGUAGACGAGAUGAUUAUAGAAAAUCCAGACGCUUUUAAAUCGUGGUUGACUUCCAUAUUGGAACCCCUAUGUGAUGCGGACCCGGCGGCACUCGCCAAGUAUGUGUACGCGCUCGUGAAAAAGGACAAGCCUCUAGACGAGCUGCGCGACGGCAUGCUCGACCAGCUCGACGUGUUCCUGCAGCAUGAAACGAAACCGUUCGUGGAUAUGUUGUUCAAAUCGCUGGACAGCCACGAGUACCUGAAACCAGUGGAGAAGCGCCCCUCGCCGCCGCCCGCCGCGCCCGAUCCCGACACGGAGGCCGACACUGAGAAUCAUCCCCCAAAUGGUACGACGGAGGAGAACAAUGCGAACCCGUCGCUGAACGCGGGCAGGCCCCCCCGGCACCGCAUGGUGGUGACCCGCAUGGCGGCAGUACCGCCCGCGACCGCCGCCGUCACCGCCACCGCCAACAACAACAACAACUCUAACACCAACUCCGCCCCCGCCCCCGCACACUUUGGCGCCGCCACCCGCCCGCCACAUCAUGAACAAACUCUAGUCAAGGUAUUGCCAUUGACCGAGCUACUAAAAGAGCCAGUCGAUCAACCGCCGAGGAGACGAGAUAGACGUGGGGAUUCUCUGCGUGAAGGAGAGGGCAGAAGGCGGCGGCGCUCCGUGUCGUGGGAGAGGAGGCGCGCGCGGAGACACGACGAGCGACACGACCACGUGCGCAGACGUCCGUCGCGGUCUCCGUCGCCGCGCGGCCGCUACCGCAACCGCAGCCCGCCCGCCGCCGCCGACCGCGCCGACCGCGUCGACAGGCUCUCCCGUUCCAGAUCAAAAUCACCAAUAAGAAGUCGGGACCACGAUCGUGACCGCGACCGGCUGCGGGUGAUGCGCGAGAUGGAGCGCGACAGGGUGUCGCGCGACCGCGACCACCGCGACCGAUUGUCGCGCGACCGCGACCGCGACAGGUCCCGUGAGCGUUCCCGCGAGAGGUCUCGUGGGUCGCCAUCGCCGCGACCCGAGCCGCGGCCCGACCUCAUCGACCCCUACAAGCGGAGGUGUAGAGAUUUCGACGAGAAAGGAUACUGCAUGCGGGGUGAUCUGUGCCAGUGGGACCACGGGAGCGACCCUGUAGUACUGCAGGACGUGCUCGCCGCCCCCCCACCAGUGCCAGAAUACAACCCGCUAACGCCAGAUAUAUGGGGCGGACCGGCAGGCGCAGUGGGCGGUUUCGCCCCGUACCCGCCGCACCCGCUGCACAUGCACCCACACCCGCCCAGGGAACUCAUACCCAUACCCAGGAUUCGACACGAACCAGCCGGGGCGCCGCCGCGAAUGCCGACGCCCAAGCGGACUUUCGACUACAACCGGCUAGCAGGCGCCCCCCGGCCCCCUCUACCCGCUAACGCGGCCAACUGCUCUCUGGAGGUGAAGAAGGUCCCUCGCGGCAUGAACGACAUCACACACCUCAACAACCACUUCUCCAAGUUCGGGAAGAUCGUCAACAUACAGGUGUGCUACGAGAACGACCCGGAGGCGGCGCUGAUCACGUUCUCGACGCCGACGGAGGCCAACAUCGCGUACAAGAGCACCGAGGCGGUCCUCAACAACCGCUUUAUCAAGGUCUUCUGGCACAACCCUGAGAAUAAACAAGAGAACGCAGCGGGGGCCGGUCAACAGGCAAACAAGCAGCCGGACAGACAAAACCAACAGCAUCCCAUGUCACACAACAAGGUGUUCAUCAACAGGGAGAACAUCAAAGCGACGGCGGACACCAAGCAACAGACGGAGAAGCAAAUAAAAGAGGUAGCCAACGGUCAAGAGCCGAAGAAGGAAGCGCCGAAAUCGAUGGAGAAGUUCAAAACGGUCUCGGACAUGUAUCAGAGGGCCAGGGAGCUGCUGGACAAGCAACUGCAGCAGCAGAAGUGCUUGAUUGAGAGGCUCGAGUCUGGUAACGUGACGAGCCAGCAGAAGCCAGCGUUAGUGGAAGCCAUCAACUCUGGACAGCAGGCUAUCGAGAAGUUGAACAAAGAGAUCGGCUCCUACGGCAAGAUGCUAGCACAAGUGAAGGACGAGACGGUAGCGCGCUCCCUCUCUCGACUGCAGCUAUCACAGGCAAACGUGAAGAAACCAAAGACAAGAGAGGAGGCGCAGCGAGAGAUAUUGGAUGCUGAACUGGACAUGUUUACAAAACAGCAGGAGGGCCAAGAUGUCACGGAACUAGUGAAGAAGAUUGCGGACCUAAGAAGACAGAUGGCGAUACAGUUUCCGCCACUGAGGAGACAGCAGUCUAGGGGCGGCCGGUUCAACACGUCGACCCGGUUCACCCGCAACGCGGCCGCCGCGCCGAAGGUGUUCAGCGUGAACCAGUCAGUGGACCACCGGCCGCGCGCGCUCCUCAUCUCCGGCUUCGAGGCGGACGAGCUGGAUGGACUGGUCGCGCAUUUCUCUCAAUACGGUCCCGUGUGCCACAAGGAGGUGAACCUGUCCGUGCCGGAGCUGGUGCUGCAGUUCCGCGCGCGCGGCCACGCCGAGCAGGCCGCCAUACACGGCAAGCACUACAACGAGCGCACGCUCUCGGUAACGUGGAUGGCGAAUCCAAAGCCGGUGUCAGUGGUGGGUGAUGGUGAACAGCGAGCGCCGCCGCACAAUGGCGAUAACGGGAAUGAGGAUAAUAAAGAUGCUGAGGCAUCGCACGAGAUAUCAGAGGACGCGCUUCUUCGCUUCGACGAGGAAGAGGAGGAGGACGCCGAGGACCGGUCGUGGAGACGUUGACGCCGCGCCGGCCGCUAGCCGCCGCCCGCCGCCGCCCGCGGCCUCGGGGCUAGCAACCAACCACUCGCACUUAGCUCUGUAUAUACUUGUGUAUAUAUACCCGUGCGCCAUUGUCGACGUAUGAUCUGUCAUUCGUGAAUCCAUAGAUAAACGCUAGUAACAUAGACUAUAGCUAUUUUACUUAGCUUUCUAAUUGAAAGUGUACCGAUUAAUCGAUUGUACAAUACAUUAGAUUAGUAAUCGGACGUACGUUCAUAAUCGCGUACGGGGUAAGUAAGCAUUUAUAUCUAUUUGUAUGUUUGGUCACCACUGAUCUAAUGGUCAUACCUGACAACGAACAUGCUCGCCAAGCAACUUGCAAUGUCUACUUCAUAUAUGUAUCGACAUUUAUUAAAAUUUAAAAUGGAUUUCUUACAAAAAUGUAUGUCAAUGUACUUACGUUAUCAAAAUUGUGGAGUCUAGUUCUUGUAUUUUUCAGUAUGAUUUGUUUUUUUUUUAUUUUUUAUUAACUGUUAUUAAUUAGUGCAUAGCAAAUAUCGUCACGCUAUUAGAGCAGUGGUGAUUGGACAGUGGAACACUUAAACCUUAUGAAAUCGAGCCCAAUAUUCUAAAAUAACUAUCAAAAUAAGGAAUUUAGCUGUCAUAAAUUAUUAUUAUAGAUUUUUUUUUACAAUAUAUAUA